GUCCACGUCAGGCUGUGCUGUCACGAGCCUUAUCAGAGCCGUGGAGAGGAGGCUGGAGAAUUAGAGCGGACAUCAAUAAUACACGACAUCUUAUUUAACGCGUUAAGUGCGUGAGAAAUAGGGAAAGACACGUAUUUCGUAUCGCUACCCGAUCGUUACGACUGUCUAUCGAGUUAUUCCGGUUAACCGGUGAUGUAUCCCAGCAUUUGAACGUUAUUGCUAGCCAGCUAGCCAGCUAGCUGUUGAGCUAGCUCUACCUUGCGUGACUCAUAGUAAGUCAACGUUAAAUUCCUGGGCGUUAUUUCUAUUAACGUACAUGAGCGCGUCCACCAGAGAGACGUCGUAACAUAUCGCGGUUUAUUCCUCAGCCAGACGCUGUCAGUGUCGUGUGCAACGCAUCUGUCCCAACCUCAUAGGGAUUGAAUGAACUAACGUUAGCUUUGCCACGGGCAGCGGAAACGAGCCAGUUAACAGGGAUAACGUUAACUUAUCCCGCCGCCGCCGCCGCCGCUGCUGCUGCUGCCGCCGCCACCACCGCCGCCGCCGCCGCCGCUGCUGCUGGUUGAUCCGCCGCCGUCCAGCUAAUCUAGCACAUGCUGUCCGAGCUAGCCACCUUCAGAUAAUACUCGACUGUUAAGAACCCAACGUCAGGUUAUUCAUCGACCACUCAGUGCAGCGGCAGCUCGUCGUUUUCACCGAUAAGGCCGGAGUGAGUUCAGAAAGCAGCAAACAUGCCGGCGGUGUCCAAAGGAGAUGGAAUGCGUGGAUUAGCGGUUUUCAUCUCAGACAUCAGAAACUGUAAGAGCAAGGAAGCUGAGAUCAAACGGAUCAAUAAAGAGCUGGCCAACAUACGCUCCAAGUUUAAAGGUGACAAGGCUCUGGACGGCUACAGCAAGAAGAAGUACGUCUGCAAGUUGCUCUUCAUCUUCCUGCUUGGCCAUGACAUCGACUUUGGACACAUGGAGGCUGUCAACCUGCUGAGCUCCAACAAGUACACAGAGAAACAAAUAGGUUACCUGUUCAUCUCAGUGCUGGUAAACAGCAACAGUGAACUGAUCCGACUGAUCAACAACGCCAUCAAGAAUGACCUGUCCAGCCGCAACCCCACCUUCAUGUGUCUGGCACUUCACUGUAUUGCAAACGUUGGUAGCCGUGAGAUGGCCGAGGCCUUUGCGAGCGAGAUCCCGCGGAUCCUGGUUGCUGGCGACACGAUGGACAGUGUGAAACAGUCGGCUGCCCUCUGCCUUCUGAGGCUUUACAAGACCUCCCCUGACUUGGUUCUGAUGGGUGAGUGGACGUCACGCGUGGUGCACCUGCUCAACGAUCAACACAUGGGUGUGGUGACAGCAGCUAUCUCUCUCAUCACAUGUCUGAGCCAAAAGAAUCCCGAUGAGUUCAAGACCUGCGUUUCUUUGGCUGUUUCCCGACUCAGCAGGAUUGUGUCAUCAGCCUCCACCGACCUGCAGGAUUACACCUACUACUUUGUGCCUGCGCCAUGGCUCUCAUGCAAGUUGCUGCGCCUGCUGCAGUGCUACCCUCCACCAGAAGAUGGUGCUGUCAAGGGUCGCCUGGUCGAGUGUCUGGAGACCAUCCUCAACAAGGCACAGGAACCACCUAAAUCCAAAAAGGUCCAGCACUCCAAUGCCAAGAAUGCAAUCUUGUUUGAGGCGAUCUCACUUAUCAUCCACUAUGACAGUGAACCGAACCUGCUGGUGCGAGCCUGUAACCAACUGGGCCAGUUCCUGCAGCACAGAGAGACUAACCUGCGCUACCUGGCUCUGGAGAGCAUGUGUACUCUGGCCAGCUCGGAGUUUUCCCAUGAAGCUGUCAAGACGCACAUCGAGACUGUCAUCAACGCCCUCAAGACUGAGAGGGAUGUGAGUGUUAGACAGAGGGCAGCUGAUCUGCUGUAUGCCAUGUGUGAUCGCAGUAAUGCCAAGCAGAUCGUUGCAGAGAUGCUCAGCUACCUGGAGACUGCAGACUAUUCCAUCAGAGAGGAGAUGGUGCUAAAAGUGGCCAUCCUUGCAGAGAAAUAUGCCGUCGAUUACUCCUGGUAUGUGGACACUAUUCUCAAUCUUAUCCGCAUCGCUGGUGACUAUGUCAGCGAAGAGGUGUGGUAUCGCGUUAUUCAGAUCGUCAUCAACCGAGACGAUGUGCAGGGCUACGCAGCGAAGACGGUCUUUGAGGCCUUGCAGGCUCCGGCCUGCCACGAGAACAUGGUGAAGGUUGGAGGCUACAUUUUGGGAGAGUUUGGUAACCUCAUUGCUGGCGAUCCACGCUCCAGCCCUUUGGUUCAGUUCAACCUUCUCCACUCCAAGUUCCAUCUGUGUUCCGUGCCGACUCGCGCCCUGCUGCUGUCGGCCUACAUCAAGUUCAUCAACCUGUUCCCAGAGACCAAGGCUACCAUCCAAGAAGUGCUGCGCUGUGACAGCCAGAUCCGCAACUCGGACGUGGAGCUGCAGCAGCGUGCUGUGGAGUAUCUGAAGCUCUCUUCCAUUGCCAGCACCGAUGUCCUGGCCACUGUCCUGGAGGAGAUGCCUCCCUUCCCAGAGAGAGAAUCAUCAAUCCUGGCCAAGCUGAAGAAGAAGAAGGGUCCUGGUGCCAUAUCUGUGACAGAGCUGGAAGACAGCAAAAGGGAGGGUGGGGAGUUGAACGGAGGGAGCGACCGAGGGCCAGAUACAGCAGCCAUGGCUGCCUCUAAUGCUUCCACCCCGUCACCGUCAGCAGAUCUCCUCGGGAUUCGUUCGGCCGCUCCCAUCAAUGCAGCUCCAGCCGGUGCUGGCAGUUUAUUGGUCGAUGUGUUCUCUGAGGCAGGCCCUGCUGCACCUUCCACUGCUGUGAACGACGACGGCUUCCUGAGAGAUCUGGAACAGCCCACCGAGACCUCCGAUUCCCUAUUGGCGGAGGGUUCUGGUGACUCGGACUCCUCUGCUCCUCCCUCUGAGGAUCCUGCCACUCCUCUGUCUGAGGCAGACGAACUUCUUAACAAGUUUGUGUGCAAGAACAACGGCGUACUGUUUGAGAAUCAGCUGCUUCAGAUCGGCAUCAAGUCAGAAUAUCGACAGAAUCUGGGGAGAAUGUACUUAUUCUACGGUAACAAGACGUCAGUGCAGUUCGCCAGUUUCACCACCAACGUCAGCUGUCCUGGAGAGCUGCAGUCUCAGCUCAAUGUUCAGACCAAACAGGUGGAACCGCUGGUGGAGGGUGGAGCCCAGAUCCAGCAGGUCCUCAACAUUGAGUGUCUGACUGACUUCUCUGAUGCCCCGCUGCUCAACAUCAAGUUCAGGUAUGGAGGAGCUUUGCAGAACUUGACUCUGAAGCUGCCCGUCACCAUCAACAAGUUCUUCCAGCCAACUGAGAUGGCCUCACAUGACUUCUUCCAGCGCUGGAAACAGCUGAGCCAGCCUCAGCAAGAAGCACAGAAGAUAUUCAAGGCCAACCACAGCAUGGACACGGAAGUACUGAAGGCUAAGCUACUGGGACUUGGAACGGCUCUGCUGGACAAUGUUGAUCCCAACCCAGAGAACUUUGUGUGUGCUGGAGUGAUUCAGACCAAGAGUCAGCAGGUCGGCUGUCUGCUACGACUGGAGCCUAACGCUCAGGCACAGAUGUACCGUCUGACUCUGCGCUGCAGCAAGGACUCAGUGUCCCAGCGUCUGUGUGAGCUGCUGGCCCAACAGUUCUAGAGUCCAGUCUUGUCCAAUGAGCAGAACCUUGACCAUCCCCACCAGCGACCGCUCUCCCUCUCUCUCUCUCUCUCUCUCUCUCUCUCUCUCUCUCUCUCUCUCUCUCUCUCUCUCUCUCUCUCUCUCUCUCUCUCUCUCCCUCUCUGCCUCUCUCCCUCUCUCCCCUGAGCCCUCCUCUCCUCCUCUCACUUCUCUUCCUCCAACAAACCACAAAUCUUUAGGUAAAAAAAAGGUAUAACCGACAUAAGGGAAAAAGCAGCCGCUGCGAAACAGCACCGGUCUUAUUAUUGUCAUUAUUGUCAUUAUUGUCCCAGACUUUGAUUCCAGUUCAUUCUUUUACUUGUUUAUAACACAACGCUUCAUUCUUGUGUCUGUUGGUGUUUAUCUGUGUGGCUAUUGUGUGUGUGUGUGUGUGUGAGUGCAUGAGAGAGAGAUUUAAUUUGAGUAGGUAGAACAUUCCGUGAAGUGUAAUGGGAGAAGCUGUUCAUUCCAUAUAGGCACUCAUCCCACACACACACACACACACACACACACGGGGUCUCAGUGACUUGCUGUCAUUCUGCUGGAGCCACUGAUGAUGAUGAUAGCCCACUCUUCAUCACUGAUGAAGCAUCUCCUGCUACAUUCCCAGUGAAGAUGCACUUCAGGUGUCGGGAUCACAGGCGUCCUGACUCUUCAUCUUGUGUGUGUGUGUGUGUCUGACUCUUACGAUGCUUGUGAUGAAGGUCAGUGAAGGUCAGUGAAGGUCAGUGAGGGUCAGUGACGGCUGACUCAGAGCGAACACCACAGCAAUGAUGAUGAAUGACCUGAAAAAGAAAAAGAAUGCAAUACAAUGUGUUCAAACCCUAAAUGUCACACACAUGCUUAACUAACACAGACGUCACGUGCUGUGUGAGCAGAUACUCAAGGCUGUGAUGUUAGUAUCAGUAUUGGACAGAUCUGAGACACCAGUGAGAUGAUUCUGAUGAUUGUUGUUGUUCAUGGGAUCACGUCAUUGAUUAGUCAUCAGGACUGACACUGAAGCACAUGUGUCCGUCAUGUCCACAUGUGUCCGUCAUGUCCACAUGUGUUCACUCUGUACUGACUGAUGUUGGCAGCAUAUGAAGGACGGUGUGAAUGUGAGUGUGACUGUUUGCAGAUUUAAAACCUAAAUAAAGAGUCUAAAGACAUUUCUAAUCCAUGGUCAUGUUACACUAUUCUCUGACUGUAUGGAAAUCACAGGACCUUGAACUUUGUAGUGGAAAAUGUGUGUGUGUGUGUGUGUGUGUGUGUGUGUGUGUCUCUACACAGUAUCCGCUAGCUAAUGCAGCCUCAUGUAUCGGUGUUAACAACCUGUCCAAUACCUGUGUUAGAAUUAAAAUUUACUCUGUAAUGAAAAUGUGAAAGUAAAACUAUGUCAUAUAUCCAA